GUCUAUCAGUUGGAGCUGUCUGAACGCUCCGCGCAUCACGAGAAAACGUGCGAACGGAGAAAACAAGCACAACCCCGCGUUUUUCUCUCCGUCAACAGGACAACGAUCACGAAGUGUCCCCGCACGUCGCGUAGCGGCCAGCGAGUUUCUCAAGUAUUCCGUCAAUCGCCCACGUGAGAAAUAAGGCGGACAGCGUAGCCUAUUUGUUACUGCCAGCAGAGUGUCACCUGUAUGGACAGCGACUACACGCUCUGGAGUGCUCUGCCCUGCGUCGUCGAAGGACUUCAGUCAAUCGCAGUUUUCAGUCGCUAUUUUGGCCACUUUUUGUGCUGAAAGUAGUCCUCGCCGUCGUCUCGAUUAAAGGUGGAUUUCUUGGAUGGGAGCGCGGAGAGCGACCGGGGGCUUCGGCUUCGACUGUCCGUGUCCCUCCUCCCAGCUGUAGUCCCCAAACCCGGUUCCGACUAACGCGGUUCUCACGAUGAGUUUUGACGGUCGACACAAGUUGACAAAACGCCCGCUUUUCGUUUAAGACGUCGGCUCUUUUUUAUCAGCGGACGUACGAGUUAAAAAAAAAAAAAAACAUGAUCAGAGACGUUUAGCGAGCACUCUUUUUAAUCACACUGACUCAUAGACGUCGAGGAAACCAUCGCUCGGAGCUACGGCGCUGCCUUUUUAAUCCUGAACUCUGGCGAAGGGUCGAGGAAGAGACGCUUAGUUCACCCGCCGAACCGGAACCCCGUCCGGCUCCAGUCUGCUCUGAUCUCUGCAUGAAAAGUCAAGCGGAAAGUCUUGCAGCAGAAUGCCGAGGAGAAAGCAGCAAGCGCCCCAGCGAUCCGUGGCGUACGGUCCUGAUGACGACGUCAAAGACAACAAGACCCUCCCGGAGGACGAGCACCUGCAGGACGACGGGCUGUCCCUAGACGGCCAGGAGGGGGAGUACCUCUUCAACGACGACGACGACCUUGCCGACCACUUCAGCUGCCAGAACUCCCCGCUCAGCAAUGGCACCAACCCGGACGCCGGCUACGCCUCCCCGCUCAGCAACAGCAGCGAGCAGCUCGCCGACAUCAAGACCCCUCCCCCUGCCUUCCAUGAGGUCCAGGAGGAGAAACCGGCCCCCGCCAAGGUGGUGGAGGACAAACCGGCCACCCCGGCGGUGGUGGAGAUCCCAGAGCCUGCCAACGGCCUGUCGCUGCAGGACAGCCUGGAGCAGAUGAAGGCCGUCUAUGCAAACCUGAUCUCGGAGGCCUCCUGGUCCAGCAUCGCUAUGGAUAUGCUCAAGAGUAAACAGGGGAACAACCUGAGAGCCAACACCCACAACGGGAGGAAUCACAAAGGGAGCAAUGGCUUCCUCAGUAUGAGCGGCAGUAGCAGUCACAGCCAGGGGAACGUCCACGUGAAAACCAGCAGUAAAACCAGCAGUAGCAGCAUCGCCUCCAUGUCCUCCACCAACACCACCACCACCAGCAGCGUCAACACCAGUACGGCGACGAGCCACUCAAACAGCAGCAACAGCAUGAGCAACAACUGCGGAAACAACAACAGCGGCGGUGUGGCCUACGACUGGCACCAAGCCGCCUUGGCAAAGACCCUGCAGCACACCCCGUACCACCUUCUGCCCGAGCCCAGCCUCUUCAGCACGGUGCAGCUGUACAGACAGAACAACAAGCUGUACGGGCCCGUGUUCACCGGCGCCAGCAAGUUCCGCUGCAAGGACUGCAGCGCCGCCUACGACACGCUGGUGGGCCUGACGGUGCACAUGAACGAGUCGGGCCACUACCGGGACGACAACAAGGACAAGGAGGACGACCGGGGAAAGCGCUGGUCCAAGCCCCGCAAGCGCUCCCUCAUGGAGAUGGAGGGCAAGGAGGACGCCCAGAAGGUCCUCAAGUGCAUGUACUGCGGCCACUCCUUUGAGUCCCUUCAGGACCUGAGCGUGCACAUGAUCAAAACGAAACACUACCAGAAAGUGCCUCUCAAGGAGCCGAUGCCCACCCUCACCUCCAAAAUGGUGCCGCCGAGCAAAAAGAGACCGUUUCAAGAGCUGGUGACGCCCAGUUCACCAGAGUCCGGGUCAUCGUGCGUGCCGCUGGGGGAGACGCCGAAAGAGACUCAGAAACUGGUCAACCCCUAUGUCACCGCCAACAAUCGCUACGGUUACCAAAACGGCGCUAGUUACACGUGGCAGUUUGAGGCGCGUAAGGCGCAGAUUCUCAAGUGCAUGGAGUGCGGCAGUUCCCAUGAUACCUUGCAGCAGCUGACCGCCCACAUGAUGGUCACGGGACACUUCCUCAAGGUCACCAACUCAGCCUCUAAGAAAGGGAAGCAGUUGGUGUUCGACCCGGUCGUCGAGGAGAAGUUCCAAUCUAUCCCCCUCCCGCCGACCACGACACGACUCCCGGCGCCCAAUGGGAAGCCAGAGUCUCCGACGCGGCCCCAAACCCCAGACGAGAAGAAAGAGGAGGAACAGAAGCAGGAGGAGAUGGAAGAAGAAAGCAUGGAGGUCCAAGUCCCCGAGAAGAAGAUAAAAGAGGAGAAGGAAGAUCCGUCCGAGAAGAGCGAAAAAGCCGGGAAGAACCAGCCUCAUAAAUACCUCACAGAGGCUGAUCUGGAGGAGGCUCCUAAAGGUGGCGUAGACAUCCUCAAGUCAUUGGAGAACACGGUGUCAAGUGCAAUCAGCAAGGCCCAGACAGGUGCACCCACCUGGGGCGGAUACACCAGCAUUCAUGCUGCCUAUCAACUCCACGGCGCUCUGAAGUCGACCUUUUCCUCAUGCGCCCAGGUGCAGCCUUUAUUUAGCAGCACCAGCAUGAAGGUGCUGUCGUCUGACAUGGGCUCUCUGAUCCACUCGCCCAAUAGCCCCUCUCCGCCACCUAACCGCAGGAGCAACAUGCUCGCCAUGGAGGAGCUGGUGGAGAAAGUAACCGGGAAGAGCUCGGUGAAGAAGGAAUGGGAGGAAAGUCGUUCGGAAAGAAAGUGUAAGUCUGUGGCGACCAAAUCCCCCUCACCGCCUCCUAGGGAAAAACAGGUUUCGCCCAAGCAGGAAAACCUGUUCAGACCAGCAAAAAGAAAUACCCCAGAGGACCGAACUGAGUUCAGAGACAAAGUAGGUGAGGUGGAAGAGAGUAAAAUGGACAUGCAGGUGAAGAGCGAGGCGGUGUCUCCUGAAGUGGCGGUUUCUAACGGCUGCAAUAAGCUAGGAAUAAUCACAGAUCAUUCCCCCGAGCAGCCCCUCGUAAACCCUCUCAGUGCACUGCAGUCCAUCAUGAACAAUCACCUGGGAAAAGCGGCAAAGGUGUCCACACCUUUCACAGAUCCCUUCUCAAUGCUUCACAAGCUCAACAACAACAUCAACAACAGCAACAUCAACAACACCACAGUAGAGAAGCCCCUUGCCAGCUCUGUCCCGGCCAAGCAGAAGGAGCCACCGAGCCAGUACCACGGGGAUGAGGACCAGCCCAUGGACUUGACCAAAUCCAAAAACGCCAACGGCAGCACAGGCAACAGCACAUCUCCUACACUGAACAACAGUCACGUGAACAGCUGCAAGAGAGUCGUCGCCAGCCAUUAUCCCUCGAUAUCUCCGCCCUUGCGGGAGAACGCGUUAAUGGAUAUUUCGGACAUGGUGAAAAACCUGACGGGCCGCUUGACGCCAAAGUCGACGACGCCGUCCUUGACCUCGGAGAAGUCGGACAUGGACAGCAGUGUUUUUGAAGAGGGCUACGAAGACCUCUCUCCCAUCCAAAGACGCAAAGGCCGACAGUCGAACUGGAACCCCCAACACCUCUUGAUCCUCCAAGCCCAGUUCGCCUCGAGUCUCCGGGACACCCCAGAGGGAAAGCUGAUCAUCACCGACCUGGGACCCCAGGAAAGGGUGCACAUCUGUAAAUUCACUGGCCUUUCCAUGACUACUAUCUCACAUUGGCUGGCCAACGUGAAGUAUCAGCUAAAGCGGACAGGUAGCACAAAGUUCCUGAAAAACAUUGACACAGGCCACCCUCUCUUUUUGUGCAGUGACUGCGCGUCACAAUAUCGGACACCUUCCUCUUAUAUCGCUCAUUUGGAGUCCCAUCUGGGCUUCACCCUCCAUGACCUCUCCAAGCUUUCCAUAGACUUGCUAGGGCAGCAUGCUGUGAGAAUAGCAGAGAAGACGUUCAGCUCACUGGGACUCACAGAACAGGACACUGGUUCGGUGCUACAGUGCAAAAUGUGCAGUCGGACCUUUGUGAGCAAGCAUGCGAUUAAACUGCACCUUUGCAAGUCCCACGGGAAGUCACCGGAAGACCACCUCCUCUUUGUGAAGGAGCUGGAAAAGACGGAUAACCUAUAAAGUUAAAUGAAGCAUGACAGAUUAUCGUUGCACUAUAUCUCGAAGCUGCAAUCUGCCAUUUCUGAUAGUGCCACAGCUGUAUUUUAUGUUUGAUUAAUAGAUAUUCGAAUGAAAUUAUAGUAGCUUUAAUACCACUUGAUAAUCAGUUUUGGGCAGGGGUAAGGGGCUGUUUCGCGGUGAUACCAAACCAAAUUGUUUUUGGUGUGAUACAAACGUAAAACUUGAUUUAAUGAAGGAGCCAUUGUGCUAUAUAGUCACUGACUGAUUGUUGCUUUUCUGUUUUGACUGCAUCUGUCCUGAGCCUUCGGGAACAGUCAAUCUCUUGGUUUAAAACUGGACCGUUCUCGAUGUUAGCCAUGCUCACAUUCAUUUCAACAUUAUUUAUGGGAGAAAACUUGUGCAUGUUUUCUUUAAAUGAAAAGCAGUGGCUGGAUACGUCUCAUGAAAUUUGAUCUCUAAUGACCAAAUUAUUAUGCUUAUUGACCAAAUUUGGGAAAUGUUUAUAUGAAGUUAUUGAGGAAAAAACGUUUUAUUUGUACCUUCAAAUAAAAGAUUGCUAUAAUUUAAGCCUUUUUCGAAAAGUGCUCGGUUUAUACAUAUGUAAAAUAACGUACCACAUUUUUUAAGAGCCUAGCUCCUCUUUACCACUUCAAAUGAUGGGGAUAAUAUAACACUUAGCAACUACAAUAAUUACAAUUUGCUUUUAAAAACACAAACAUGAUGUGUUUGAUCAUCUUUGGUUCUUUUUGUAUGCAUUGUAUAUCCUUUUCUGUUGUCUCAACAUGUACAGUAUUUACAUUAGCACCUCUGUCAUCGAUGUGCAGCUUUGGUCGUGAGCAUAAAUUAAGUUUUAAACAUAUAAAUUGUAUAAAAAUAAGCGAGUAUGUAUACAUGUGUCAUCAUAUCUUGCUUUUCACAGUUCCACAUUAUUUGUACUGUGUGCAUUUUUUACGAUGUUAUUUUAUAGACAAAUAUUGGGAUAUGAUGUACAAAGAUUCUGUUAAGGAAGACCACUAUGUCUCUUUUUAAAUGAAAUGUAGACCAGCCCUUAAUGUGGUUUACAUGAAAUGAUGAACAGUGGCAUCUUCUCCGAUGCAUGGUACUGUAUAUGAAAAACGAAUACAAGCAAUGCCCCUAAAAGUAUUGAUUUACGCUGUUUGAUGAUGAACCCUCGUACUGAUGAGACAAUUUUAUCCUCAAUUGUAGAAUAAACUUCUGUGUUCCUGAUUAA